AUGAACGGGCCGCCUCCCUCGACUCGCGCUUUCUUGUGCGAUCUGCAAUGUUUACCUGCAGAUUCAAAGAUUCGAUUUCUUGGAUGUGUCAGACAGUAUAAUGUCACGUUGGGCCACCUGAUUUUGGAGCACAAUUAUCCACGCAGCAAGACUGAGGCGAGCUCAGUCUCUGUGGAUAUUAAUGCUGUUCUAGAAACCUUAACGGCGGAGGAUCUGCGUGUUGGCACAUGGUUGAAUGUGCUAGGCUAUGUUCGAGACUCCACUACGCCAGAACAGUCUUUUUCCUCGAGCGACCGGGGCUCCCAGCCAUCAAUUGCUCAAUCCUCUCCCGCGCAACCUAUGAAGAUUCCACCUCGUCCUGUUUACGUGGAUGCUAUCAUGGUUUUCCCAGCAGGGGCAAUUGCUUUGGGUGAAUACGAGCGUAUUCUUCAGAAUGUUCAAGACGUGGAAAGCCGAAUCCACUAUCUGGGAUGA